AUGUCUAUUCGAACACCAGAUCUUCAAAUUUGUAAAGAAACAGCUACAUGUGUUGAUUCAUCUGGACAAUUUCACCAGAGAGAUUUAGUUAAUGUAUCAUCAAAUAAAGUUGGUGUUGUUGUACGUAUUGAAAAAGAAUAUUUACAGCUAUUAAAUACAAAUGGAAAAGUUGAAAAAGUUUCAAUACGUUCAAUAAAAAGAAACGAAUCGGAAUACAACAACAAUUGA